UGAUGGGGUAGCAGUGCACCUGAAGGCUGACAACUAAACAGAGGUAUUAGGUAGAUCCACAAAGAAAAGGAUGGAAGAAAAGGGAAAAGAGAAUGGAGUAGCGGCCAUGGCAGCCUGCUACCAGAGAUUUGAUCCUGCAGCGUAUCUACAGUAUAACUACACUCCACCACGGGCUGAUUUUGAAAGAAAGGACAGCAUUGUGCCGUGGAAACUGGCAUGUCUGCAUAGAGCUUUCAAUGAAGGUGAUGUGAGUGGUGAGCUGCUGGUGGACAUAGGUUCGGGUCCCACCCUGUACCAGGUGCUGAGUGGCUGUGAGGUUUUCAGCAAGGUGCUCCUCACAGACUUCCUGGAGGUCAACAGAGAGGAGCUGAGGCACUGGCUCCAGGAUGAGGGAGGCUGCAGCCUGGAUUGGACACCCUACCUGCAGCACGUCUGCAAACUGGAGGGACGACGGCCCUCAGCAUGGACAGAGAAAGCUGCAAAGCUACGUCAGGUCAUCACAGACAUCCUCCCCAUUGACGUGCACCGCCCUCAGCCUCUGGCCCAUGAUGCCCUUCCUUCAGCAGGGGCCGACUGUCUCGUGUCCUGCUUCUGUCUGGAGAGCGUCAGCCCUGACCUGGCUGCCUUCACCAGGGCUUUGGGCCACAUUGGGAGGCUUCUGCGGCCUGGUGGCCACCUCCUGCUCAUUGGAGCCCUGGGAGAGAGUUACUAUUUUGGGGGGCCAGGGGUAAAGAUCCCUGUGGUCCCACUGAGUGAGGCCCAGGUCUGUGAUAGUUUGAAGAAGAGUGGCUACACCCUGAUCAGGCUGGAGGUUUACACACUGCCUCAGGACAUGAGGGUGGGGGUCGAUGAUGUGACUGGGGUGUUUUUUGUAAAGGCAAGAAAGGAUUAAAAGGUAAAGUGGGAGAAUUGGCAAAGAGGAUAGAUAAAGGGUAUUAAAGUUGAAAGUGAAGAAGUAACUAUCCAGAUGAAAAUAUUAUAGAUUAAGCCAAGAUAAAUGCAUGGUUUAGCACAGCAAAAAAUUCAAAUAAAAAUGGGAUUAUUAAUGAUACAUUUUACAAAUAUUCCAAUGGACUCUCAAGGGAAAAAAUGUAAAGACACAAACAUUUGAAUUAAAUAUUUCACUUCAUUCCAUUGUAUUGGUUCUGUAAAUGUCUUUUCUGAGGGUGAAUAAGUACAUGACUUCCCCUUUUGUUGCCAGAGGAGCUUUCAGUGUUAGAAAUGUAAUUACACAUUGCCUCCUGCAGUUCAAAUACAGCAACUACAGCAUCAAGAAUGUAAUGCUUCAAUUUUUGUUUUCAGCAUAUCAUAUAAUAUCAUAACAUAGCAACUUUCAAGCAGUUUAUAAACAGUAAAUGUUAAUAUGCUAUAAGCUUCUUUUCAAUUAAGAGGUUGAUGAGUUGCCUAUUGUGUUUUGUAAUUUGUGAUAAUGUCAAUAAAGAAGCAGUGCUAAAACACA